AUGGAGAUAGUUAGGAAAGGACAUGAAUUUUUUGAAAUGUUUGUUCAUCAGCCAAAUCAAGAAACUGCAAUAUCUUAUACUAUGGCUGAGCAGAACGCCGUGAGUGAUAUAAUUGCUCAACUUAUUGAUGUGAACACAAAAGAUGAUGAAUCCAUCAUUUGCACAAAUUGUCAGAUAUUUGAUAUUAUAAAUGUUCCUAUUACAAGGAAAAGGCAAACAUUUCGUCCAUUAGUUAUUCGAGAAUCAGAUCAGCAAUCUUCUCCAACCACAAUUCUUAAAGCAUUUGUUGAUUCUUUUGAUUUACGAACUCCUACAACUGCUGUUGAAAAUAAAUUCAAAGAUCAUAUGUAUGAGUUUUCUACAUAUGAACAUGGCCGUACAUCUGCUUCAGGAAUUGAUGCUUUAAGAUGUAUUCCUACAACACCAGAUGUAUUACCGACUAAACUAGAUUGUCAGUAUUGUGAGGCAAAAAGAAUUCUUUCUGAAACUCCAGGCUUUUGUUGCUCUAAUGGUCAGAUUGUUCUUCAGCAGAACAAACUUCUUGAUGAGCUCAUUCAAUUUGAUAUGAGAAAAAUCGAUGUAGCUGAAUCUUUUCGAAUAGAUGUCAGGACAUAUAAUAAUACGGUAAUUGGCCCUGAAAUGCCAUCUGCUGAACUACUUGCAGCUGCAGCCAAAUUAACUGAAGCAGAAGCUGAGUUGAGAGAGGCUGAGUUAGUGGACGAUUCUGAAUUGUUUAUAGGGCCUCCUCCCCCCGCUUUUGUUUCUGAAGUUGAAUCAUCAAAUGAAGCAGAACGAUUUGAAGAGAUUACAAGAAUUAUGGGAGCUGAGGUGGAUAGUCCAUAUGAUAUUCUGGGAGUGAACAAGAAUAUGUCAGCCGAAAACAUGAAGAAAAGGUACUGGAAAUUGUCCCUCAUGGUACAUCCGGACAAAUGCUCUCAUCCACAGGCCCACCAAGCAUUUGUGAAGUUGAACAAGGCUUUUAAAGACUUGCAGGAUCCAGAUAAACGAAAAGCAUUGGAUGAGAAAAUAAAGCUCAAAGAGGAACAAGAGGAAUUCAAGGCGGAAUUGAAAGCAAUGAAAGAAGCUGCACACUGGAGACGUUUGCAAGGUAUAUCAAUGGAGGGUGAUGAUAUACUUUUAGCUGACAUGGAGGCUAAGGUGGAACCUAAAAGAGAUGAAUGGAUGACAACACUACCUCCUGAAAGAAAACCUGGGAUGACCAUGCAAUCAACAAAAUUCAGCAGAAGCUCCAAGGAGGGGCGUGGGGAUACUAGUGUCUGGACUGACACACCAUCAGACCAAGCCCAGAAAGCAAAAAUGAAUUAUUUGGAAGCCUAUAAUGAGGCUUCAGCACUUGCUUCAAAUGAGCAAGAAAGAAAACGAUCCAAUUCAGAUGCACAUUUGGUAGAUGAAUACAACAAAUCGAAGCGGUCAAAGUCACUAGUAGACAAGCAUCAAGAGCUAGCUCAAAAUCGAUCAAAGAAAAAAUCCAAGCAGGAACCAGUUAAAGAAGAAUGGGAGGGAAAGCAUCCAUGGAGACCAUGGGAUCGUGAGAAGGAUUUGACAGCGGGACGGCAAAGUGUGAAAUUGGAUGCUGAAAACAUGGCUCAGGGUUUGUCUUCUAGGUUUUCCUCGGGAUCAUUUCAAAGAAACUUCCUGUAGAGCAUUGAAUCAAGAAUCUAAUUUAUAAGCUGCCAGAAGUCCUGUAUCAGAUUGACGUAAGAUAUCUUUAAAGAAGUGGUUUUUGCGGUCAGUUCCUGCCUUCCUAUCUUCUAUUUAUUUGCUUGUUGCGUCUAAUUUCAAACCAUGGUCAAGAGGUAGUAGUCUCUAGUGAUGUCCAAUAGCUUAGCUGCAUUUUUUUUCCCGCUUCUUUACAUCCAAAUGAACUUAUUCUUUUUUAAUUUUAGGCCAUCAAACAUUAAAUAUUCUUUUA